UAAGCUCAAAUAAUCAGUCAUUAAUAGAACAGCAAAUCAAAAAGAGAUAGAUUUGCAACAGCAAAUAAUCAAGCAAAAUGAAAUUUACGCCUGUUUUUAUGGCAAUCUUACUGGCAGCGAUGACUCAGACAAUUUUUGCAUUGGAAACAUCUCGUAGAGCCAAACGCCAAGAUAUUCCCCCUGUUUUGGAUGAAACCAAACAAUUGGCUGCCCAAAGUGAUGAGGUUAUAGAGCAAGUCCUACCUCUGCUGCCCAAUACUCCAGCCUUUGCCAACCAUCGUUCCAAAUUGGAGGCUUAUGAAAAAGCUUUUCAUGAUUACAAAGAUCAAGCGGGCUACAAUCGAAGAUUUGCUUCAAGAUUUUUUGCCACACUAUUGGAAUUUAUGAAAACUUUUAAAAGUGAUGCUAACAAUACUGCCGAACAUGGUGAGGUGGUGAAAUAUUUAAAUAAUGCUGGUUUAGAUAAAAUCAGACAGCAUGUUGAGCAGAAAAUGGAACGAGGAGAGUACAGGCAUUUGACGAGGUUGGGUUAGAUGUUUAGCUAAAAAGAUAAUUUCUAGGAAAAAAUUAAAAAAAGGGUUUUAAAUGAACUAGACGAGUAAUAAAGACACCCUUCCUAUUUGAGAGGUUGCUAUA